UCAAGGUCAAGAAUAGAUUUUCAAGGUGAACUGGAGGGAAUAACAAUUUCCCAGCAUGCAGGGCAAUAAAGGGUCUAUCAACUGCUAGACGUAAAGUCUGAUGCACUGCUGACAGACAAUGAUGUGCUUUUUCCAUGAUCUCCCACACUAGAAAAUAUGAAUAUAUGGUUCUAGUGUAAUCAUCUUUUCUCAAUACGUAUCAAUUGAUUUUCAGUUAUGCCUUGAAUGGAAAACAAGGUGGAGGAUGUGCAGUAAGACAUUACAUUGCAGAGGUGUGAAGAGCCCCCCGGCUCUGCAACAGGAUAUACAUAAUACGUUUUUGCACACCCGCUUGCACUCUUAGGACAUGCUGGGUCUGUGUCACACCUGCCUGUGGUGAAGUUGAACACUCUAGAUUCAACCAAGUCACCAGAAUAAACGUUAGCAUUUUACAUUUUUGCAAACCACAGAUAUGUUACAUUUGUAUGUUAUAAUAGCAGAUAUGUUAAAAUAAAGGUCACACUGUUGUAACCCUGGUUCUGUUAGCGCAGAUGGAACCCUCUUCUGGACUCUUUGGGUAGUACUCUCCUUUAAUCACAAGCACGCCUUCGCUCACUGAAGUUUGCAUAAUCAUGCCUACCUGAUUAUGUGUGUAGCCCACAGUAUAUAAAGGAGAUGUAUGACAACAUCAGCAUCCACCACUCUUCAACGAGCAGUGUAGGAGCAACAGGGCUCCUAGGUAGCCUGCCCACUCCUUUAUAACCUAAACCCAUCAGCCAAAAGAUUAAAACCACUGACAUAAAGUAAUCGGUGUAGGCCACUGCAGCAGGGAAUUAGAGAGCCCGAGCCUACCCAGACAGUAUGCAGCCAAACUGGGUGAAGCUAUGGCCUAACCUUGCAGGGGUCGAAAGACAAGCAACAGACUUCCUGCACACCAUAUUUCCUGGGUCAUCAAGGAGCACAUAAACAUGUAGGUGUGUCAUACGUAGAGGGGAGUCAUAUAUAUUGUCGGCUCUGUAAGUGUUCGGAUAGGCAUUACUUGAUUGGCUGGCUAUGUAUGCAGAUUUCAGUGGGUGAAUCCGUGCUUGUGAUUGUGGAGGAGAAUAUUACCCUUUACCCAGUAAAGGGUGGAGCCUGUGUGAAAUAGAACUCUCUCUUUCUUUAGGUUCCAACAACGCUGUCGUUAAUGUGACAUUACAAUUUUGGCACAAACCCAUUGGUUAUGGUUAGGACAAGAUCAUGAUGUGGCUUAGAAUACCUGCUUAAAAAUCCUCAGUUUCUGUGACCUAAAACUCAGUUUGCAUAGGUGAGAGGCCAAAACAUAAAGAAAAAUAUCUGUUCACAAAAAUAUCUGUGAACAUGUAGAUGAGGAGUGGGAGAGUGCCAGUGGGAAGCCGCACCCACACCAAACAGAGACUGACAGAGGGAGACAGGAGACCCAGAGGAGGAGGGAAACAGGGAAACACAAGUCGGUAACAGAGACAUGGCCCUGGGGCUUAUAUUUGCUGUGCUGCCCCCAGUUUACAAUGCAACAGACUAGCUUUUUGUUUGUUUUGUCAUUUGAGUGAGACCAUCCAUCAGCUGCAAAGGACAGAGUUUUUGUGUUAGAUACUACGUGUGUGUUGGCCCCUCUGUCUGUAUCUUAUUCUUUUGUUAGCCCAUCACUCCUCUAUUCUCUCCCUCCUCACCUGUCCACCCAGCAAGGUGUAAUUAGAACUGAUAAAUUCAGGCUGAUAGCUUUGAUUGCACAGCCACUGUCACUUUAGAGUAAACAGUACAGAACAAUAUUGACUCUCUCAAACACAACUUAUCUCACCUGCCUCCUAUUUACCCAGCAUGCAACAUGUUCUGGGCAGGAACAGUUAAGGGACAGGGUGACCUUAUCCCCACUUUUACUUACUUCUCCUCAAUACAGGAUAAUAGGAUAAAGGAUUCAAAAUGGUGUUUUUGUAAUGUGAAGUUAUGGCCCCAUGUUGUGGAGUGAUUAGUCUAGUAUUAAAAUCAGUAGGCUGGAUGUGUGUUUUCAGGUGGGAUAUUUCUUUCAGGCAAUAUUACUCAUCAAUUUUAUUUUAUGAUAGCCAACAUCUGCAUCUGUAUCUUCAAUAGUGUGCCGUAUUUUGACCUCUACUCUCUAAGCAUAGUAGUUCUUUGUCAGAGGUUUUGAUAUUUAGAGAGCAUGGUAGAGAAGGCUGCUAACGCUUAUCUGAUAAAAUGACCCUCAACUGCCUCGGCUAAUGUCACUGAACAUUUGUUUUCUUGAUAUUCUUGACUAGUUAUUUAGGUCAGUAUUUGUAAAUAAGAUUUUUGUUUCAUUUAAAAAAAAAACAUAAUCUGUAUCAAAAGCCCUAUAGACAGCCUAACUUAGCGGUACAACCCUCUGUCAAUUUAAAUUGCAAUCUGUAGACAAAAUGACAGAUGAGGUCCACACACCUGCAGAGAGAAGUGUAUUAAUUUAAUUUGGUGGACAGACAGAGUGAGUGGCCAUUAAGAAAACACACAGAGCCUCUUUAUCUCUGGUAUUAACAUGCAUAUUUGGUGAUUUGAUCACAAGUGGACAGUGUAAAUGACCACAAAGACACAUCCUGUCAGAUCAUAGUUAUAUUGCAGCGGAAAUGAUGGCUAAUUUUCUCUGGACUAGUAAAGCCAGAGAUUCUCAGUUAAUGCCUACUAUAUUAAGGCUAUCAACCUUGAAUUACUUGAUGGCCAACAGUAGACUGUACCUGUGUAGUGCAGCAAAUGGAUGGAGUUCAAUGUCAGGUAUACUGGUACAGUAGGAAUGACAUUGGUCUGUUUUAACCUUCACUGUUCCUCUGCUCUUUACUCCAAUCAGUUUAUCAGGAAAAGAAACGUGCAGAGGGGAGAUAAGAGAUACCAGCACAGCUUAUGAUACGAGUGUAUUUAUGUGUGUGUGUGUUGUGUGUGACCUGCGUAGGGGUGACAUUGUUGCUACCUGAGGUACCUUUUUACGCAGGCAGUCGUACUCAAGUGCGUCUUUAAACACGAUAUGUGCGUGUGCAGGUGUCCAAAGGUAUUUGUGCGCAUGUGCAUAUGAAAAGGGGAGUUGUCAUGUAUAAAAGGCUUUUCCAGAAAAUCUUUCCUGUUUCUGACCAUCUUGUGUGUGUGUGUGUGUAUGAGAGAGGGAGAAACAGGGUGCGUGUUUGGGACUGGACCCUAACUGACAGCCAAAAUUUCGGGGACCAAGAAGAAGGAUCGAGUGGUCUGGACCUCCAUUGAUUUAGGAGAGCAGUCCCCUAUCACACCUGCAACCAUGAGUAAAAAGGACACGUAUGACAUGUUUGAGAUGGAUGGAGAUAUGGACAAGAAGAAGAAGAAAAAGAUGAAGAAGAAGGAGAAACUGGAGGGCAUGAAGAAAGAAAUGGAUAUAGACGACCAUGAGAUUACAAUUGAAGAACUUGAAAUGAGGUACAACAGUAGUACUACCAAGGGUUUGACCACCACCUUUGCCCGUCAAGUCUUGGAGAGAGACGGUCCUAAUGAACUGAAGCCCCCCAAAGGAACUCCAGAGUAUGUGAAAUUUGCCAGGCAGCUGGCUGGAGGACUGCAGUGUCUGAUGUGGGUCGCAGCUGUCAUCUGCUUCAUCGCCUUUGGAAUUGAACUUGCGAGAGGGAACUGGACCUCCUUUGACGAUCUGUACCUGGCCAUCACUCUAAUUGCUGUCGUCGUGGUAACUGGUUGCUUUGGUUACUACCAAGAAUUCAAGAGUACCAACAUCAUUGCUAGCUUCAAGAAUCUGGUGCCACAGCAAGCUAUUGUGAUCCGCGAUGGCCAGAAAAACCAGAUCAAUGCCAACCAGUUGGUGGUGGGGGAUUUGGUGGAGAUCAAAGGAGGCGACAGAGUCCCUGCUGACAUUCGCAUCAUCUCCGGUCAAGGCUGUAAGGUGGACAACUCGUCCUUGACUGGUGAGUCCGAACCGCAAACCAGGAGUCCAGAAUGCACUCAUGAGAAUCCACUAGAGACCAGGAACAUUGCUUUCUUCUCCACAACGUGUCUGGAAGGUGUAGCCACUGGUAUGAUCAUUAACACAGGUGAUCGUACCAUCAUCGGUCGGAUUGCCAGCUUGGCGAGCGGCGUUGGCAACGAGAAGACACCCAUUGCCAUAGAAAUUGAACAUUUUGUUGACAUCAUUGCUGGUCUUGCAAUCUUUUUCGGGUUCACCUUCUUUGUGGUUGCCAUGUUCAUCGGAUACGCCUUCCUGGAAGCCAUGAUCUUUUUCAUGGCUAUCGUGGUGGCUUAUGUGCCAGAGGGGCUACUUGCGACAGUUACUGUAUGUCUGUCGCUGACUGCUAAACGACUUGCCAGGAAGAACUGCGUUGUGAAGAACCUGGAGGCUGUGGAGACGUUAGGCUCCACUUCAGUGAUCUGUUCUGAUAAGACUGGUACCCUGACCCAGAACAGGAUGACUGUAGCCCAUCUUUGGUUCGACAACCACAUCCACGCUGCUGAUACCACUGAAGAUCAGUCAGGCCAGAGUUUUGACCAGUCAUCAGAAACAUGGCGUUCACUGGGAAGAGUGGCUUCGCUGUGUAACAGAGCUACAUUCAGACCAGAUCAGGAUGGUGUGCCUAUUCCUAAGAGGCUUGUGGUGGGAGAUGCAUCGGAGACGGCUCUGCUGAAGUUCACUGAGCUCACUAUAGGGAACGUCAUGGACUACCGUAAUCGUUUCAAGAAAGUGGCUGAAGUGCCCUUCAACUCUACCAACAAGUUCCAGCUGUCUAUCCAUGAACUGGAGGAUCCUCUGGACCUGCGCUACCUGAUGGUGAUGAAGGGAGCACCAGAACGUAUCUUAGAGCGCUGCUCCACCAUUUUGAUAAAAGGCCAGGAGCUGCCUCUGGAUGAACAGUGGAGUGAAGCCUUUCAGACCGCUUAUAUGGACCUGGGAGGACUGGGAGAGAGAGUACUGGGUUUCUGUCAUCUCUAUCUGAACGAGAAGGAGUUUCCUCGUGGCUUUCGGUUUGAGACUGAUGAGAUGAAUUUCCCCACAUCAGGAUUGUGCUUUGCUGGUCUCAUCUCAAUGAUUGACCCGCCAAGAGCCACUGUGCCUGAUGCCGUGAUGAAAUGUCGUACUGCUGGUAUCAGGGUUGUCAUGGUGACUGGAGACCAUCCAAUUACAGCAAAGGCAAUAGCAGCUAACGUUGGUAUUAUCUCAGAAGGCAGUGAAACAGUGGAGGAUAUUGCGGCAAGGAAGCGCAUACCUGUCGAACAAGUCAACAAGAGGGAUGCCCGUGCUUGUGUGAUCAGUGGUGGUCAGCUGAAAGAGAUGAGCAGUGACGAGCUCGAUGAUGCACUGCGCAAUCAUCCUGAGAUGGUGUUUGCAAGAACAUCCCCUCAGCAGAAACUGAUUAUUGUGGAGAGUUGUCAACGUCUGGGCUCCAUUGUUGCCGUGACAGGUGAUGGUGUAAACGACUCUCCGGCUCUUAAAAGGGCUGAUAUUGGUGUUGCCAUGGGAAUUGCCGGGUCAGACGCCGCCAAGAAUGCUGCCGACAUGAUCCUGUUGGACGACAACUUUGCCUCUAUUGUCACUGGAGUGGAGCAGGGCCGUCUUAUCUUUGACAACCUGAAGAAGUCCAUUGCCUACACACUAACCAAGAACAUUCCUGAGCUGACUCCAUAUCUGAUCUACAUCACCGUCAGCGUGCCUCUUCCUCUGGGCUGCAUCACUAUUCUCUUCAUCGAACUGGCCACCGACAUUUUCCCGUCUGUCUCUCUGGCUUACGAGAAAGCAGAGAGUGAUAUCAUGCAUCUGAAGCCCAGGAACCCACGUCGUGAUCGUCUGGUAAACGAGGCCCUGGCUGUGUACUCAUACUUUCAGAUAGGAGCCAUCCAGUCUUAUGCAGGUUUUACAGAUUAUUUCACUGCCAUGGCGCAGGAGGGCUGGUUUCCACUCUUGUGUGUUGGCCUGCGCUCUCAGUGGGAGGAUGUUCAUCUUCAAGACUUACAGGACAGCUAUGGACAAGAAUGGACCUUCAGUCAGAGGUUGUACCAGGAGUACACAUGCUACACUGUGUUCUUCGUCAGCAUUGAGAUCUGUCAGAUCUCAGAUGUGUUGAUCAGGAAAACUCGACGUCUCUCUGUGUUCCAGCAAGGCUUCUUCAGGAACAAGGUCCUGGUUACUGCCAUCAUCUUCCAGCUCUGCUUGGGUAAUCUGCUGUGUUACUGCCCUGGAAUGCCCAAUAUCUUCAAUUUCAUGCCUAUCAGAGUCCAGUGGUGGUUUGUUCCUCUACCGUAUGGUAUUUUAAUCUUUAUCUACGAUGAAAUCAGGAAGUUAGGAGUCAGAAGAUAUCCAGGAAGUAAGCCAGGAUUCUUUAUCCUUCUGUCAAACCGUUUAACAUCCAUUCAUCAAUCAUUAUUAACACCUCUGCGAGUAUUCAGUGUUCAUUAAUCUAU